GUCGGUGCCCGUCGCUCGUGACACCGAGACUACAGUCGCGGUUCGGUGGGAUUCGCGGUGCAACUCCCGGGGCCCAAGCGGCGUGAGCGUGGGCCGUAUCCGCCAGCGAUUGUGAGAUGGGGACUGAGGAAAAGGAGGUGAUUUCCAAGGAGGAAAUUUCUGAAGAGUCUGAGCCACAUGGGCCAACAUUAGAAAAAUUUUCAGAGAUGGUUUACCAAGGUCAUGGGCUUGAAGCAGCAUGUGAUGAAGACAUGACAGAGGCACAUUCAGGAGAGUCCUCAGAAGAGGUUCUAGAGCAGAUGUCUCCUCGGGAAAGGGACUUUGCAUCAGGGUUGAUUAUCUUGAAGAAGUCGCCAUCAGGUGAGAAAGCCCAGGAUAAUAGUGAAAGAGAGAGAGGCUGCAGUCCCAGCCCAAGUGUGCUGAUACAUCAGAGAGCUGCUGCAACACAGAGGGUUAGUCCAUGUGCCCCUUCUAGUCAGAACUUCAUAGAGAGUUUAGAAUUUAAAGCACAGAGGAUUUCUGUGGGCGAAAAGCCUCAUACAUGUAAAGAAUGUGGAAAAGCCUUUAAUCAGAACUCACAUCUCAUCCAGCAUAUGAGAGUUCAUAGUGGAGAAAAACCCUUUGAAUGCAAAGAAUGUGGAAAGACAUUUGGAACUAACUCCAGUCUUCGAAGACAUCUGAGAAUCCAUGCUGGAGAGAAACCCUUUGCUUGUAAUGAAUGUGGGAAAGCUUUCAUUCAGAGUUCCCAUCUUAUUCAUCACCACAGAAUUCAUACUGGAGAGAGACCCUAUAAAUGCGAAGAAUGUGGUAAAGCCUUCAGCCAGAAUUCAGCCCUUAUUCUACACCAGAGAAUUCACACUGGGGAGAAGCCAUAUGAAUGUAAUGAAUGUGGGAAGAACUUUAGGGUUAGCUCUCAGCUUAUUCAGCAUCAAAGAAUUCAUACUGAAGAAAGAUACCAUGAAUGCAACGAGUGUGGCAAGGCCUUCAAGCAUAGCUCAGGCCUUAUCAGACACCAGAAGAUUCACACUGGAGAAAAGCCUUAUCUGUGUAACGAGUGUGGGAAAGGCUUUGGUCAGAGUUCUGAACUUAUCCGACACCAAAGAAUUCAUACAGGGGACAAACCCUAUGAAUGUAAUGAAUGUGGGAAAACUUUUGGCCAGAACUCAGAGAUUAUUAGACACAUCAGAAUUCAUACUGGUGAGAAGCCGUAUGUAUGUAAAGAAUGUGGGAAGGCCUUUAGGGGGAAUUCAGAACUUCUCAGACAUGAGCGAAUUCACACUGGCGAGAAACCCUAUGAAUGUUUUGAGUGUGGGAAGGCUUUCAGGCGGACUUCUCACCUUAUUGUCCACCAGAGAAUCCAUACUGGAGAGAAGCCCCAUCAGUGUAAUGAGUGUGCAAGAACCUUUUGGGAUAGUUCUGAGCUGCUUCUCCACCAGAAAAUUCAUAUUGGAGAGAAACCUUAUGAAUGUAAUGAGUGUGAGAAAACAUUCGGCCAGCACUCCCAACUUAUCAUACACCAGAGAAUUCACACUGGAGAAAAGCCUUAUGAAUGUCAAGAAUGUCAGAAGACCUUUAGUCGGAGCUCUCACCUUCUCCGACAUCAAAGUGUUCACUAUCUUGAAUGAUUGACAGAAUAGGAGAGGUUUUAUAGAAAGCUGAAGUCAUUUUCUCAAAAUGUGUACUAAAUUCUCAGAUCAAAUGAAUGGACAGAACUCUUGUCUUUUCACUGAGUUUCAGUUGUUGAAAGGGAUGAGGCACUUAAAAAAAUAUUUAUUUGAGAGAGAAUGAGAAUGAGUGCACCAGGACCUCUAGUCACUGCAAACGAACUCCAGACACAUAAGCCACCUUGUGCAUUUGGCUUAUAUGGGUC